AUGUUCAAGUGGUUCAAAAGAGAUAAACCAUAACUUUCUACUAAUCUCAAAAAGCCCUAUAAUCAACUCUCCAGGGAACAAGCCCAAGAAAUCCUUGCUAGUUUUUCAUAUAGAACCAUGGCUGAUCUCAUUUAUAAAGAUGAUUCUCAUCCAGAUCUAAACGUAGAAUAUGAGUAAAAUAAGAAAAUUCAAUUAAAAACAGAAUGCUUUAUGGACAAAGAAGGGAAUUUGCAUUUCCAUUAAGAUGAGCAAUUGUCUUGGGUUGAUGAUGAUUCUCAUAAUGAGGAAGAUGAAUUAGAGAAAUAAAUUUAUGAAUAAAUGUAUGAAGAUAUGUAGGAAGAACUUCAUUAAAGAGGAGAACGAGAAUAUUUCAGACCAAUCACUGGACCUGAAAACAAUGAUAAUGAUGAAUGGGAAACUGAUAGUGAUGAACAAAAUUGA